AAAAACAAAAUUAUAAAAAUGUAUCAGAAUUUUUUUUUUCACUUUAUUUAAUAAAUAUAACUUAACUAAUAGCAACCACCACCGCCCAAAACGCAACCACCACCUAUGGCGAAUCUGUCUGGAUGGAGGAGGUUCUGCCUGGCGCUAUCCGUUUUGUUGACUCUGAUUGAUGAUGUCAUCAUUAAUCACUCAAAGAAAUUGAACUCCCUGAAGCAUGUGCUUAGGAAUGUUAGUGAAAGUUCACCUCAUGGAAUUUACAUGAUUGAUGCAAUGCAACGCCUUAAUAUUGAUUACCACUUCCAAGAGGAAAUUGAUGCAUUCUUAAGGAGGCAAUUUGUGAUAUCCAGCACUAGUUGGGACGGUGAUGACAAUGAUCUCCAUCAUACUGCACUUUGCUUUCGUCUAUUCAGACAACAAGGUCAGUAUGUACCAGAAGAGGUGUUUCAGAGGUUCACAGACAAGGAUGGAAAGUUCAACCAAAAAUUAGGUGGGAAUCUGAAGGGAAUGAUAGAUUUAUAUGAAGCCUCACAUUUGAGCCUAACAGGAGAAAACAUACUUGAAGAAGCUAAAAAAUUUUGUGGACAUGUCUUGAACAAGAGUUUAGCUUUGUCUUGCCUUAACAAUCAUGAAGCUAAGCUUGUAAGGAGAACCUUAGAAUACCCUUUUCACAAAAGCCAUGCCAUGUUCACAGCCAGAGAUUUCUUUGGAGAUUUCCAAGGCAUGAAUGGAUCCUUAAAAGAAGUGGCAAAAUUGGAUUUUAGAUUGCUGCAAAGCUUACACCAACAAGAACUUACUCAAAUUUCCAAAUGGUGGACAGAACUUGGUUUAGCUAAUGAGUUAAAGUAUGCAAGAAAUCAACCACUUAAAUGGUACAUUUGGUCUUUGGCAUGCCUCACGGAUCCUACUUUAUCCGAAGAAAGGGUUGAGUUUACAAAACCAAUCUCUUUCAUCUAUUUAAUAGAUGAUAUUUUCGAUGUAUAUGGGACUCUUGAUGAAUUAACUCUUUUCACAGAAGUUGUUUCCAGAUGGGAUAUAGCAGCUGCUAAGAAGCUACCAGAUUACAUGAAGAAAUGUUUCAAGGCUCUUUUUGAACUCACCAAUGAAAUCAGCUACAAGGUCUAUCAGAAGCAUGGGUGGGACCCAAUGAACUCUCUUCAAAAGACGUGGGAAACUUUGUGCAAAGCCUUUCUAGUUGAAGCAGAAUGGUUUGCAUCUGGGAACAUUCCCAAAGCAGAAGAGUACUUGAAGAAUGGGAUAGUGAGCUCAGGAGUGCACAUUGUGCUUGUCCACUUAUUCUUUCUUUUGGGUGAAGGAUUAACCAAAGAGAAUAUUCAGAUCAUAGACGGAAUCCCAGGCGUCAUUUCUUCAUCAGCAACAAUUCUUAGGCUUUGGGAUGACUUGGGAAAUGCAGAGGAUGAGAAUCAAGAAGGCAAUGAUGGAUCAUACAUAAACUGUUUGUUGAUGGAGCACCAAGACUUGACGUUCACGAGAGCUAGAGAGCAGGUUAUGUGCAUGGUCUCCAAUGCAUGGAAGAGACUCAACCAAGAAUGCCUGUUUGAGAGAACAUUCCCUAAAGCUUUCACUAAAGCCUCUCUCAAUCUUGCAAGAAUGGUACCAUUGAUGUAUAGUUAUGACAAUAAGCAUUCCCUUCCCAAGCUAGAGGAGCAAGUCAAAUCAUUGCUUUAUGAUGAUAACGUUCUUCUGUAGUAUAUAUAUGUGCAUGCUGUCAUGCUGUGUGUAAAGCCUUAUAUCUCAGCUAAUAAUUAAGUAAAUAGAAAUUGGCCUUCAAUUACCACGGAUGAUGGAGGAAAGGGACUGUUUGAAAUUAAUCUCCAAUUAAUGUUUUAUAAGAUGCUAUGGGACUGUUUGAAAAAAAUAUAUAAUGUUUAAUUUGAAAG